GUUUUGUUUCUAUUGUCACUUUCAGUAUCUUGCUGGUGUUUGAGACAGGGCCCAUGUUGGUAAAGUGGUAGGAAAGUGUUGCUUAGCAGAGGUAGUGGAAAUGGGAUUGCCUCACGCGCUGUGUUCCUCUUGCAGUACAUUCUGUUAAGGUGAGCCUUUGUACGGAAGGGGGGCAGGACGGACAGAGCUGCCUUUCACACAGAUUGUUUUCCUGGGGAAAGGUUUGGUGAAUUAGAAAGCAACUCUGUGCGAUGCACUUCUGCUUCCUCAUUAGGUCAUGACCCGUUUUUGAGGGGAACUGAGGGAACUUCUGCAUUUUGAAUGGAAUGUUUGGGCUUCUGGGGGUACAAGGAAGGCAGUGAUACAGCAUGUUUCCCUCUCUUUAUGGGAAAAAAAUCCUGCAAGGUGCUAAGCAAUUGCUAGAAGAAGAUGGUAAGGAGAUUCCAUAUUAGUAUUCAGUACAAAAAAUUCUGUGCAUUCCGAGCUUUUUCAGGUUUAUUUUUAUUCUGCUGUGAUGUCCUAUUUUCCUUUUACCUGCAUGAGAUUCUUUGGAAUGUACGGUAUUCUCUCUUCUAAAAAAUUUUUAUGAUCUCCUGGCAUAAAACAUUGCAAUGGUCCCUUCUGACCUUAAGAAAAAGAGUACAGCGAUAUAUAUAACCACAGUCUAUUAUAAAUUUCCUACUUUAUUGCUCACACUGGAGCUGAACUCCUUCUUUAAAAGGGACGAACUGGUGACCUAGCUAAUUUGUAUAAACUGUAUUUAUCACAGCAGGUGCAGACAUGGAGCAGAUCUCAGCCAAAAAUACUUCCUAUCAAGUCAACCUUGCUCAGCUUGCUAAGUUCCCCUAACCGAAAUUUAGGGACUUGUUAAGAAAUACUUCCAGAGUCUUGGCACAUAUAGAAAAGUUUCUGUCUGAGAAAUACGCAUCCACUCAGCAAAACAAAAACAACUUUUAAAGGUUGUUCUCAGUAGAAACCACUCCAUGCCCCAUUACCUGCUUGAGUGAAACCAGACUAAAGAAGUUCUGUCAUGGCAGCUUUUCUGCUGGGAGCUGUGCUGCUCAUUGUUCAACCUCAGAUAGUGCCUUCCAGACCGGUUAUAAAUUCAAAGGCUGAGACUUCUGCUCAGUCUACUCAGAGAGAGCUUUUAAAGAAAACAUCCCAGAAAAAUGACUUCAAGGAAAACAUUCACUCUAAUGGAUCAUGCCGGCAGCUGCCACAAACUAUCAUUAUUGGAGUGAGGAAAGGUGGAACAAGAGCUUUGUUGGAGAUGCUGAGUCUUCAUCCUGAUAUUGCAGCAGCAGAAAGUGAAGUCCACUUCUUUGACUGGGAAGAUCACUAUAGAAAUGGAUUGCAGUGGUAUAUUAAUCAAAUGCCAUUCUCUCAUCCCCAUCAGAUCACCGUGGAAAAAACUCCCGCGUAUUUCACAUCACCUGAAGUGCCUGAAAGAGUUUAUAACAUGAACCAAUCUAUGAGACUACUCCUUAUUUUAAGAGACCCAAGUGAGAGAGUACUGUCAGAUUACACCCAAGUGUUCUAUAACCACAUGCAAAAGCACAAGCCGUAUCCCUCCAUCGAACAAUUCCUGAUUAAAGAUGGUGAACUCAAUGUGGACUACAAGGCAAUAAACAGAAGCUUAUACUACGUUCACAUGCAGAACUGGUUGAAGUAUUUUCCCCUUGAUCAUAUCCACAUUGUAGAUGGGGAUAAACUAAUCAAAGAUCCCUUUCCAGAAAUAGAGAAGGUAGAGAGAUUUUUGAAAUUAUCACCACAGAUAAAUGCUUCGAACUUUUAUUUCAAUAAAACUAAAGGCUUUUAUUGCCUAAGGGACAGUGGUAGGGAGCGUUGUUUACAUGAGUCUAAAGGACGAGCUCACCCACAAGUAGAUAUUCGGUUACUUGAGAAACUGCAUGAGUAUUUCUAUGAGCCUAACAAGAAAUUUUUUGAGCUUGUUGGCAGAACAUUUGACUGGCACUCAUUUGUGGCAAGUUAGUGGUAAACGUGAGAACCUAUGUUCUGGUGUAAAUUUAGAAACUUUAGAACUUUAAAAAGGGCAUUUAAGCUAUAAUUUAUUUGUAAAAAUUCAUAAAUACUUCUGUACAGUAUUAGAUUCACAAUUGCCAUAUAUACUAGUUAUAUUUUUCUACUUGUUAAAUUUGAAAGCAUUUUGUAUUGUUUUUCAUGGUUGUUAACAUUGUGUAUGAUGUGUCUAUAUGAAGAAAGUAAAUUAUUUCAUUGCAGAAGAUACUCUCUUGAGAAUGUGUUGUCUUUUUAAUAAAUAAGAAAUUCAUUUCAACAAAACCCUUCAGAAUUAUUUGAAUACUUCAGUCUUUCUGAACUUUAUCCUCUAGUUGCUAAUGAAUAUGCUAAACUUUCCAUUUCCACUUUUAUUACUCUAAAUUGUGGUCUAAUAAUUUCUUUUUAUCUGAAAAUAUUCUUGUAAUUUGAAAAUUGUUCUAUCCUGCUUUAUGAAAUUUUUUCUUGAUAAUGUGGUAUUUAUAAGUGUUGGGACAUGCACACCUAAAGGACAGUGGAAAACUGUGUCAUAAAGCACGUUAACAUCUGUACUUACCUUCCUAUGUAGUAACCUUCCAGCGGUAGUAACUGCUGCUCAAAUUCUUUGGCAGAACCCUACUAGUUUCACGGCAAAUUUUUAAAGAUUCUGUGGGGAGCAGCUCAUGAAAUCGGAGUUAAGUGCAGAAAUUGAUUAAUGUAAAAACUUUCUACAGUCUAUGAAUGUAUAUAUCCUUCAUUAUGAAAGAGAGGUUUGAGAGAAGAAUAUAAGCAAUAUGGGGACAUUUUAAAGGCUGCUAACUGCUGUUCCUAAAUUUUAUGGCACACAUUCUUUCCCAUUAUUGAAAACCAAUGGUUACAUAGAAAAAUUAGCUGGUCUACAUUCUAGUAAGCAGCAGCUUCAUUCUUAUAAAUAUUAACACAUUUUUACUGUAUUGAACACUUUUCAAUGAGGUGAACAGCUGCUUCAUGUAACUUAGAAGUGCCCAUGGGCUACUAUUCAAUUAAUCUCUUUCCAGGAAAUGUAAAGCCAAGCUUUGGAUCCAGCCUCGGGUACCAUGGAAUUAAACCAAAUUCCAGGAACUUUUAUGGUCUUCCAUCUGUUAAAAAUGGAAGUUAGAUGCUAGUACACUGGUAAAAGUUACUGCUUUUCCUAUCUAUGUUAGUUCUGAUGUUCCAUUAGACAUCAAUUUCUAGCAUUAGAGUUAAUCCUGUUUCCACAGAAGGCUUACUAUAGUACUUUCAUUAUGAGCUCCUAAUUUUCAUGUUAUGAUCUGAAACAUACCCUUUGAACAUUCAGUGACAAUACCCUGUACAUUUAAACUUGUUACUGAUUGUUUCAAUCCUUCAUAAAAUUUAAAUAAAUGUAGAUAAGUUAAUUUUUCCCAGUGAGAUGGUUCAAACUUGGGCACUAUGACAAGGUACCCUCUGGGUGCAAGUAUCCCAUAUUAUGCUGCUUGCAUGAAAAUUUGCAGAUGCUUUCCCUCUAUCCCACUACUUGUGCACUUGCCCAAGCUGUAUUCAACCUCAGAGAGGUUGUUGGUGUUUGUUUCAUAAAGUAGACCUUUGAUGAAAGCCUACUAUGAAAUGGUAUUGUACUCAAUAAAAUAUUUUCUGAAUUGCAUCUUUCUUUU